CGAAAAGUGUAUCGACAAGAGAUAAAAGCUAGUGGUUAAUCAUUAACAUUACUAAAUUUCUAUUAAAAACACAUGUACCAUCUCUUUUCUAAAUAAAAAUGGCAUUGUUUCUGUCGCAAGUGACAAAUGCGUUCUUGGAUUUAUGUACCCUACACCUGCACUACAUUUGUCAUGCGCAAUUUCAUUUUUCACUACAUCAAAUACACAAAAUCACUUCAACUAAACCUCCGAAGAGGAUGUGACAUUGAAACUUUUUUAUUUUUCUUUUUAAAGAGAAAUGCCUAAUUCGACACACACAAAAAAACUUUUGCAAUUAAGAAAAAACCAAGAAAAACGAAGCAAAAUAAACAAGGAGAGGAGAUUCGUGAGCAAGCAAGCAGGCAUCACGCACGCCUGCGUCCUCCUCUGACGCCUUAUCCCCCCAAAACCCCUCCUCCCUCAUUUCGAGUUAAUUAAUUAAUUAUGGCAGCGGCCGCCGCCGCCGCCGCCGCCGCCGCCCUCCCCGCCGGCAGCCAGGACCACAUGAACGCGCUCCGCUCCACCGCACUCCGCCGCUCCACCCUGCACUGGGACGCCGCCGCGGCCUUCUUCGCCCCGCCCUUCCGCUCCCGAAGCUGCCGCCGCCGCCGCGUGCCUGCUCCUGCCGCCGCCGCCGAGACGAGGCCCACCAGGUCCCCCUCUAGGGCUAGGGCCAGGGCGCGGGCGAAGCUACUGGCGGACGCCGAUACGAGGGACCCCUGGCUGGCCUCCCUCUCGCUGCUCCCGGUCGACGACGGCGAGGCCGCCGCCGCCGCCGCCGCGGCCUCCACCGGCUGGGCGAUUGGGGUGGAUCCCGAUACGGGCGGCGCAAUCGCCGUCCUCUCGCCCGACGGGUCCUCGCAGGUGUUUGAUAACCCGUUCGUGCACAUAGUGGUCUCGGAGUUCAUCCGGAAGCGCUUGGACACCAAAUCCAUCAUCGAGCUGCUCCGUGGCCUCGAUGCGCCUCCUGGAACUACGGCAUAUAUUGAGAAGUCAAGCCCAUUUCCAACUGAUGGAAAGCUGGGAUGGUGGAGUACAGGUUUUUCGUAUGGCCUGUGGAUUGCUGCUCUAGUUGCAUCUGGUUUUUCAGUUGUUCCAGUUGCAUCACAGACCUGGAAGGCUUAUUUUGGGCUAACACGAAGCGGAUCACCUAAGGACUAUAGCAGGCAAGCUGCUUCAAUCUUGUUCCCGGACAAGGCCCUGUCCCUGAAUAGGAAGAAACAUCAUGGGCGAGCAGAGGCCCUUUUGUUAGCGGCCUACGGAAAAGGUCUUGUGCUGCCAUCAGGGGAGUUCAGCAAAACAUUAUGACAAUCCGACUUUUAUAGGGAGGCUUGACUGACUGAUCAUUUUGAGUGGACUGGUGCAAACAUUUUGGUAUUUCCUCAUGGGCGCCAUCAAGUAUAUAAUUGAAGUAAGCCCGGAGGGUGCGUGCACUAGUCCGUUCAAUUUUCAGGAACACAUUAGCAGUGUACCAUUGUGUUUAACAAGCUACUGUAAAUGAUAUUAUUGCUGUUUGAACGUUUGAUUUGAAGUUGGAAAUGAACCGAUGAUUCUUUUUUUUUUUUGGGUGAGCGAGAUUGUAGCAUUCGUUCUAAACUUUUAAUUAUAAGGUGUCUUUUUGUUAAA